AUGAUUAAAAAAUAUUUUUCUUUUUAUUAUUCCUUUCUUGUUUGUAAUCAAUUAAUUAUUUUAUCGAUAAGCGGAAUUUUGGGAGAGAGAAUACCGGAUGCAACAGAAAUUGAUCAAUAUGAUGAUCCGUUGUUGGAUGAAAUAUUUAAAGAAACAAACUCUGACAUUCAAAAAAUAGAAAAUGUUGCUUCUUCCCCGGCAAAUCAGCCACCAACUACACAACAAAUUAAUUCAGAAUAUUUAAAUAAUAAAAAUUCCCAAUCUUCUUCCCAACCAUCUCUUGGUGGAAUUAAUCCAAAUAUUAAACCUCCAGCCGGUUCUUUAUUCCCAACAGAAAUAGUUAAACAUCAGCAAAAUACUUUUGGAGGAUUUCCUCAAAAUCCUUUUGAAGGAGGGGGGUUUGACCAAUAUAAUGCUAAUAAUAAUAUUUUUGCCCGAACUCCUCUUACUGAUUUUGCCUAUCAAGCCGGACAGACAUUUUAUUCGGGUGUAAGACAGGCCAGCCGUUUAUUGGGAAUUGACUCUGGGCAAUAUCAACAAUACGAAGUACCACUGCUCAGUCAGAGUGCUCGUUUCUUUGGAAAAAGAAAAUAA